AUGGGCCUGCUUCGAUCCAGAGUCAACUCUCAUUGGCAUUCCCUCUUCACCUCCGAGGUAACUCGUUUUCCCGGAAAAUCAGCUUCGCACUUGCUCUUAGCUGAUCUCACAGACAUGGAAGAGAACAGCGACUCAGAUUCUAACUCCGUCGAAGAGUCACAGGAGGACUAUUACGAACCGAUCUCAGCCGUAGAUCUAGACGGUGGAAACGACGACGUAGAAGAGGAAGACAGUUAUCUUUCGAUUAACGGAGACGGCGUCAGCAACGGCCUCUCUAACGGUCAUUGUAUGAUCCCUGAAGCAGUGGACGGAAUCUCAUCUGUUAGUAUAAACGGAAACGCAGAGGCCAAGAGUGAUACCGAAGAAGAGACGGAGACUGUGACGGUGACGCCAGAUUUGGAGAUCCGUACAGCGUUUGAGGAAGAUGAGCGGCGUAGAAGAUCGCCGUUAUUGGUGGAGAACGCGGCUAGGGUUAUGGAGGCAAUGCGAGACAUUUCGUUCCCUGGAACGGCUCCUGAUUGGGCAUCUGAUGUUAAUGAGGACCGUUGGAUUGAUCAGCUUCGUAGAUUGAGAUCCACUAGUUCUCAGUAACUAAAACAGUAUUUAUCAGAUUCUCGAAUAGUUCAUUUGGUUUCAGACUUUAUCAGUGUUUGUUCAACGUGAUAAUCAAACAUUUCGAUACUAUUUGAGUAUUUUACAAUAUGGUUUUGGUGUUUCUGAUGAUUCAUUUGCAUGUUAUAUACAAUAGAUACAUAGAGUUGAAAGUUUGGC